CGGGCGGGGCAUGGGGAGCUGGAGUCUAUCCUUCACUUUUCUUCUUAGCCUGCUUCUUACCUUAUAUCUCUCUAUCUCUCUCAUUCUCUUUCUCUUGGCAUCUGGACCUCUGCCUUGAAGCUGAGGGAAGAGUGGACAGACUGAGGAUAUGGUGAACGUUUCUCAACUUGCAAAGAGAGAGAGAGAGAGAGAGAGAGAGAGAGAGAGCCAGGAAAUUCCAUUGGAUUCCAUAAGAAGUUAAGUUGUUCAGAAGGAGAGGGUGUAGGUCUCCACUGGCGAGAAGAGGCAGUGCUUAAAAAUCGCAAUGGCUCUGGAGAGCUUCACUGAACUAUUGCACAGGCUGAAGGAUCUUCACGAGAGAGAGAUUGAAGGAUGGCAAGAGAAGGUUUUGGAACUGACCAAUCAGAAAUGCUGCAGCGAUACAAAAAGAAUGGAGGAGCUGUUCAACAAGAACCAGCUGCUACGAGAGCAACAGAGGCUUCUGACAGAGAACAUUAAACAGCUGGAAAACAGGUUAAGGGCAGGCCUGUGUGAUCGGUGCACGGUCACCCAGGACGUAGCCAAGCGGAGACAGCAGGAGUAUGAAUCCUCACAGAUCCAGAGUCUCCAGCACAUCACUGUCCUCGUGAGUGAGAUGAAUGCGCUCAAGAAGGAGAACAAGAGGCUGCAAGAUGAAGUUAAGAACCUGCGGGGGGCGCUUGAUGGUCAGAGCAGUCAGGAUUCACUGGCUCCUGCCCCAGAGAUCAGGCAGGCACCAGAUCCUUCGCUCUCUGCAACGGCUUUAAUUGCAACAGCCAUAAAAGCCAGCAAGCAGCCACAAGGGGGCACCACACCUGGCCUGACGAUCGUAAAAAGUGACCCAGAUCAGAACAGCUGUGUCAUUGAAGAGAGGUUUCCAGGAUAUAGGAAGCAACAGAGCUGGAAUGGACAUGAAAGUCAAAUGGCACACAGGGUCCAUAUUCCUGCUUCCAUCUCCCCAGGACAGAGGGCAGAACAGCACACUGUCCGGGGACCCAUAGCUGGAGAGAAGAGGGUGCACAGUGUGGAAGCUAUGGAGCCACGACUUUCCCCCAGCUCACCUUCGCUUCCCCCCCCUUCAUCCCUGGUCUUCUUAAAGAACCUCCCUUAUUCCUCCUCCUCACCAUCUACCAUGGCGGAAGAGAAGCCUGUUCGUAACGUGCUCCACGCUCCGGUUCCAUACCGGCCCCGCCCCAUUAAGACACCCCGCCUCUCGCUGCCCUGGUCCCUGACGGAGCAGCCAGACUGGGCGUCCCUUGGGCCCUUGUGCGGCAUUGGGGUUGGGCCCCAUCAGACACCUUCUCUAACAGAAAACAGCAAGGGCCUGCUGCUGGUGAAGGACCUGAACCAGAAUGGAAAGAGGGGCAUGGAGCCGCACAGGGCUGAUAGAGAUGCCCCCCAGCUCUACAGCACCGCCCUAUCUUUGAGGAGGGCCAUGUCAGCAGAGCAGGCAGCGAGAAAGGACAAAACAGAGGAGAGAGCAGCAGGGCCAGUCUGGUGGAAUUCCAACAUGAGGCAACCGGAAAGGAUAUUUGGAGAGAACCUGCGAGACGGUGAGACAGAUGCACCUCUUGACCUCUCUGACCCUGGGAAGGGCAAGCUUGGCGAGCACCAGCAGUUUUAUGAGACCAGUCCAGCCUUGCUGGACAAGGGUGUUAAAGAGGAAGAGCAAUUAUCUGGCAGGAUGGACACUCCCACCCAGACAUCAACAGGCUCCUCCUCUUCCUCUUCGUCACCACUGGUGCACAGCUCACCCUCCUCUGCUUGCUCCACCAGCAGCCUACAGCAGGAGCAAGGACAGCACAAACAGCAGCAAGACACACUGGACCAAGAUGAAUCAAUGGAAGCCAAACAAGAUUUGAACUCAGAACUAUGCGCAAAUGCAGGGGAAAAGAAAGUACCUGCUCUGACCAUCUCUCUUCAUCCAGUGGGUGUCCUGGAGGCACCGAAGCCAGGAUCAGAGAAGAAGGAUUCAUGUGAUGGUGAGAUGGACCUGGAGCUCCCUCCAGAGAACAAACUGGAGGAGCAAUCAGAGGACGUUCUCUCCUCUUUUGAGAUGAGCCAAAAUGGGAAGAGGAAGACAAGAGGGCAGUUUACAGGGAGAGAAGGAAAGGAGGGUGAAGUUGAGCCCUGGAUGGCAGGUGAAAACACAGAGUGUCGUGGAGCAGAGCUGAUGACCCCCAAACAGCACGGCCAGAUGCAUGUACAAUGAGAGAGCAUCGUUUAUAGACAACGUCUAACUAUACUCCUCCAAACGGCUGUGCUGAGCAUCUGCUUCCACUGGAAGACUUUACCCAGCAUCCAUCAUUUUACUAAUGUGGAAAGAGGGGUGCCCACUAAAAAGUGAAUAAUAGUCACCACUGAAAUUUCUGUUAAUAGAAACUUUACCAGCAGAGCUCAGCACUGUGCUGCUGUGGGGAAGGCCAAGGAGGACUCUGGCACCAGCAUGUAUCCCCUAUAAAGAAGAACUUGUACAGCUAAGAGGAAAACAUGAAAAACAAAAUCCUUCUUGUGGCUUUAAGCACUUCAGUGUUGCAGCCCCAAACAAGCAUUGGGUUGCAUUUUUUGCAUCUAGUGUUACCACCUUCCAUCCUCCUGUUCAUGAGGUCAUUCUCUCCGUAUAACCCAAGAAUGACCCCAAAUCACACACAAACUCAUAUCACACUCAUACCACACACAAGCACACAUGCACACACACACACACACACACACA